UACAUAAUUGAUUGUGCCAGCGCUGCAAGGUGAACAUUUUACCCCACUAAUCUCUCACCUAGACAAAUAAUUUUUUUUCUUUUUUUUUUUCCUUUCCGUCUUCCGUUUUCAUAAUUAUUACAUCCUCUCUUUGUUCCAUUUGGUUUUCCUUUUACCCCCCAGAUUAACAUCCAUGGACUUUACACUAUUCACCUGACAGGCAAAUGGUCAAUCACUGGAUUAAUUGGUUAAUUGAUCGAUUAGACUCACUGUGUCCUAUAUGUAUAUUCACCCCUGUUCUUCCACUUCCCCCUGCUUGGAUAAAAGGAGUGCACUUCCGCCUUACUCACGGCCUCGUGCAUGCUCCGAAACGCGUCGCAGUGCACCAUGGGAUCUGACGUCAUCACCGGCCACGCCGCCGCUACGUUCCAGCGUGCGUUCCAUCCGGCUUUGA